AUGGUCAAAGCAGGUUUAGUAUCUGCCAUUGCUAUUGCUUCUUUUUGGAGUCGUGUGGUAAAUGGUCAGAGUUCUACUGUCGCAGGCGAUUGCAAUCCUUUGAAAUCGACCAAUUGUUCUCCAGACAAAGCUUUGGCGACGAGUUUUGCGGAAGAUUUCAGUUCUGAGUCCGAUUGGUUCGAGAAAGAUAAUGACAGCGGCGAGAUCAACUACGGGAGCGAUGGUCUUCAGAUGACGUUGGCAAAAAGAUACGAUAACCCUGGUUUGAAAUCCAAGUUUUAUCUGAUGUAUGGUAAAGUGGAGGCAGUCUUGAAGGCCGGACCUGGCACGGGAAUUGUCUCCUCAUUUUUUCUGCAGAGUGACGAUUUGGACGAGAUUGAUUUGGAGUGGGUAGGCUCUGAUGACACUCAGUUUCAGUCCAACUAUUUCUCGAAGGGUAACGUUGCUACAUAUGAUCGCGGUGCCUUCCAUGGUGUGAGUCAACCGCAGGCGGAGUUUCACAACUAUACGAUCGAUUGGGCUAUGGACAAGACUGUGUGGUACUUGGAUGGUCAACCAGUUAGGACUCUGGAGAAUACUACUUCCGAGGGUUAUCCACAAUCGCCUAUGUUUUUGAAGAUGGGAAUCUGGGCCGGCGGCGACCCAAGCAAUGAACCGGGUACCAUUGAAUGGGCUGGCGGUCUUGUCGAUUAUUCAAAGGCUCCAUUUUCAAUGUAUAUCAAGAAGAUUGUGGUCACGGACUAUUCCAGUGGCUCCGAGUACAGUUACGGUGAUCAAUCUGGGUCCUGGGAAUCCAUCAAGGCUAAAGAUGGAUCCGUUUACGGCAGAUAUGACGUAGCACAGCAAGAAUUUGCGGCUUUGUCCAACGGCGAGGCGAUUUCUAACAGCACCACUACCUCUUCUACCUCUUCUACUAUUAGCUCUUCAAUUCUAAGCUCUUCCGCUGCGAGCUCCUCCACUUUGAGCUCCUCCGCCGUGAGCUCUUCCACUUUGAGCUCCUCCGCCGUGAGCUCUUUCACUUUGAGCUCCUCCGCCGUGAGUUCUUCCGCUUUGAGCUCCUCCAGCUCAGGCUUCAGCGAAUCAAGCGCAUCUUCGGCGAUUUCAUCUACAGCAAAAGCUUCUUCUGAGACUUCUUCGAGCACAACUUCCUCCGCCGCGUCAUCCACUACAAGCGCAUCCCCCGAGACAUCCUCGGCCGCAUCCUCCAGCGUCUCCUCUUCUAGCGGACCCUCUGAAGCCUCAGCAUCCUCUCACAGCUCUGAGGUCAACACUUCCCCAACGGCAGUGUCUACGCUACAGCCAUCUACAGAGAAACCUUCUCUAACAACUAGCACAAGCAGGGCCCAAGAGUCGACUAAAUCAUCUUCAGCCGUUUCGGUGCUGGUGAGUAACGAAGGUAUCCUCGUAAGUUACUCCUGCGGCCUGACGGGUUUAUUAACCGGACUGGCCCUAGCCUUGGUUUGUUAA